GAUCCAGCGCGCCAAAGAAACUGGUGCGCCUUUGCGCGUAGGAUAUGGACUUGGACGCAUCGCUCUCUCUCCAUUCCCGUACGCAUCAGCUGCACUCAGCAGCUCACAUGGUGCCCCAAUGAACUCUCGCCCUCACGCAUCGUCCAACAUACAAUGGAUUAACAGGAAAGACAUGAAUGUCCGCACAGAGGACGGCAUCAGCCUGUGCCAAAGGGCUCUCCAAAUAGUGACAGAGCUCUGCCUCGCCGGGCACGUCGACCGGGAGAAAUGCGCGGAUAUAUUUCCACUGGAGAGCAACAUACCAGACAUCUCUGUAAGUCUCCUAGCUGUGGUCGUAGGUUUCUGUGGGCUCGCCCUUUUGGUAGUCUCUCUCUUUGUCUUUUGGAAGCUGUGCUGGCCCAUUUGGAGAAGCAAGGCGUUCACGUCCAAUGCUGACAGCUGUCCGCCGGGGGUGCUGCUCGAGGCCCCCCCUGCACCACCUCCGGUGUCUCGUUCUGUUUCUCCUUAUGCUGAGGCAAAGACCAUUGGAGUGGCAGGACGACAGCCAUCGCAAAUCCAGCAUGAGGAUGAGGAGGACAAGAAGUGGAAGGUACCAGAGGUGAAAGUGAACGGCCGCAGCUCGGUUAAGAUCCUAGAGGCGGCCAUGAAGAUCAGCCAGACGUCACCAGACAUCCCUGCUGAGGUGCAGCAGGCUCUGCGGGACCGUCUGAGCAAGCAGGCCAAAAUUCAGCGGCAGACCACUGAACCUACCUCGUCCUCCAGGCACAAUUCUUUCCGCCGACACCUGCCCCGGCAGAUGAAUGUGACCAGUGUGGACUUCACCAUGGACACUCUACCUGUGCGCCAGUCUUCUGCAGUCAGCAUCGGCCGUAUAAAACCUGAACUGUACAAGCAGAAGUCCGUGGACUCUGAAGAGGGUACGAAGGAGCCGGUGGAGACGUGCGGAAAACUGAGCUUUGCUCUAAGCUAUGACUAUGAGGAACAAGCUCUUGUGGUUCGCAUUCUCAAGGCCCUGGAACUGCCCGCCAAAGACUUCACCGGUACCUCAGACCCCUAUGUGAAGAUAUACCUGCUUCCAGAGCGCAAAAAGAAGUUUCAGACACGGGUCCACCGCAAAACCCUCAAUCCCACAUUCGACGAGGAUUUCCGUUUCCCUGUGGAGUACAGCGAGCUGUGUAAUCGCAAGUUGCACUUCAGCGUGUACGACUUUGACCGCUUCACGAGUCAUGAUAUGAUUGGUGAGGUGGUGGUUGAUAACCUGUUUGAGCUGUCUGAUUUAUCACGCGAAGCUGUGGUUUGGAAGGACAUCCUUGCAGCCACUACAGAGAGCGUGGAUCUGGGUGAAAUAAUGUACUCCCUUUGCUAUCUUCCCACGGCUGGACGUAUGACCCUCACAGUCAUCAAAUGUCGCAAUCUAAAAGCCAUGGACAUAACUGGCUAUUCUGAUCCAUAUGUUAAAGUAGCCCUCAUAUGUGAUGGUCGGAGGCUGAAGAAGCGGAAGACGACCACCAAAAAGAACACGCUCAACCCGGUCUAUAACGAGGCCAUCAUUUUCGACAUCCCACCUGAGAAUGUGGAGCAGGUCAGCCUGUCAAUCACGGUGAUGGACUACGACAGAGUUGGACACAAUGAAGUGAUAGGGGUGUGCAGGGCAGGGCCUGAUGCAGAGGGUCUUGGAAGAGACCACUGGAACGAGAUGUUAGCUUAUCCACGCAAGCCCAUCACCCACUGGCAUGCACUAUGUGAGUGGCCAGGAAGAGCAUCCAGUUUUGAGAGUCAAGGAUCAUGUCCAUCUCCAAAACCCCCACAGACCCCUUAACAUCCCGGAACCCACCCAACCCUAACCGCAAAACCCACUGCGUUUGUAUCAUUUAUAGGGUAUAUUUUUCUCUAGCCGUAACUUGUCAGGUUGCAUUUUUAGUAAGGACUAAACAGUACUGGUAUCCCUGCUACAGACACAAUCAAGUACUAAAAUCCUCAAUUUGUCUUAUGUUGUGCUCUACUGGUGCUGAGUUUAUGAGCUCCUAAAACAAUAUUUUUCAGGACGCUUUGUAGUAGACAGUCAAAUGAUAUAAAGCUUCUUUCUGUUUGACAGUAUAAUGACGCCAUGUAAUUUUACAGACACAUGAAAUGACAGUGCUUUUCAUUUCUAGGGAUUGAACGCUUCAAAUACAUAUUCCGGUUUGGUGAAAAUAUUCAGCAAAUUUGAUUGAGGGUUAUGAAAAAGAAGAGGCGUUCAAAGAUGCAAUCAAGAUCUGUUAGAUAUGGCUAAACAUCAAUCACAAUAUCACAUGACCAAAUAGAAAUCAAUAGUAAUGUCAACACGUAUUCCUUUAUUUAUCAAGCCUCUUUUCUCUCUCUUUAUAAAAAGAUGCUUUGUGAGGAUAACGCUCUGUCAGAGCAUGUUUACAGUAUAUAUAAAUCAUAUCCCAUAUACUAAUACCACAUCUACUAAUCAUUCAC